AGGGAGGAGAGAGAAAGAGCUGGAGAGAAGGAGCGAGAGAAUCGGGAAGAGGGCCGCGGGCGGGAGUGCUGGCGGCUGGCCACCGUCUGGCGGCAGCUGCGCGGAGGGCCCGUGCUGCGCUCCCCCGACCUCCUAGCUCUCUUCACCGACUCCCGGGGCGCGGGACCGGGCGAGCCAGGGCGGGCGGGGGUCUUCGGGAGCCCGCGCGCCCGGUGCCGCCCUCUGGGCUUGGGCGGGGCGUGGGACACGCGACCGCGCUCCCCGGCGCCUUCUCCCACCGGGAGCUGGAGGUAGCGGCAGCGGCUAGAGCGGGAAGCGGCGCCCGGGCCGGGGGUGGGAGGGAGGGGGGAGGGAGUCAGCGGGGAAGGGGAGCGGGCCGCCAUGGACGACAAGGCGUUCACCAAGGAGCUGGACCAGUGGGUCGAGCAGCUAAACGAGUGUAAACAGCUAAACGAGAACCAAGUGCGGACACUGUGCGAAAAGGCCAAGGAAAUUUUAACAAAAGAAUCAAAUGUACAAGAGGUUCGUUGUCCUGUUACAGUCUGUGGAGAUGUACACGGUCAAUUCCACGAUCUUAUGGAACUCUUUAGAAUUGGUGGAAAAUCACCAGAUACAAAUUACCUGUUCAUGGGUGACUAUGUAGACAGAGGUUAUUAUUCUGUGGAGACUGUGACUCUUCUUGUUGCAUUAAAGGUGCGGUAUCCAGAACGCAUUACAAUAUUGAGAGGAAAUCAUGAAAGUCGGCAGAUUACCCAAGUUUAUGGCUUUUAUGAUGAGUGUCUGAGAAAGUAUGGAAAUGCCAAUGUUUGGAAAUAUUUUACAGAUCUGUUUGAUUAUCUUCCACUUACAGCUUUAGUAGAUGGACAGAUAUUCUGCCUCCAUGGUGGCCUGUCUCCAUCCAUAGAUACACUGGAUCAUAUAAGAGCCCUGGAUCGUUUACAAGAAGUUCCACAUGAGGGCCCAAUGUGUGAUCUGUUAUGGUCAGAUCCAGAUGAUCGUGGCGGGUGGGGUAUUUCACCACGUGGUGCUGGCUAUACAUUUGGACAAGACAUUUCCGAAACCUUUAAUCAUGCCAAUGGUCUCACACUGGUUUCUCGUGCUCAUCAACUUGUAAUGGAGGGAUACAAUUGGUGUCAUGAUCGGAAUGUGGUUACCAUUUUCAGUGCACCUAAUUACUGUUAUCGUUGUGGAAACCAAGCUGCUAUCAUGGAAUUAGAUGACACUUUAAAAUAUUCCUUCCUUCAGUUUGACCCAGCACCUCGUCGUGGAGAGCCGCAUGUUACUCGGCGUACCCCAGACUACUUCCUAUAAAUUCAUAUUGAGAAAAUCUGACUUUGUAUGUGGACGUAUACUGGGCUUUUUAAAAUAUAUAUAUUUAAAAAAAAAAAAAAGGCAACAGUAAGCUAUGUGUUUCAGUAACUAAUCGGGGUAUAUCUUGGCAUUAAACCACAUCAUGGACCAAAAUGUGCCAUACUAAUGAUGAGCAUCUAGCACAAUUUGAGACUGAAAUUUAGUACGUUAUGUUCUAGAUCAGUCAUUUUUAACAAUUUGCCUGCUGUAUUUGUGUAACCAUUUUCCUCUGGACUGUUCAAGCAAAAAAGGUAACUAACUCCUUCAUCUCCUUUUGCACUUACUUGGAAAGUUUAGUUAAUAGUGUUUAACUGGCAUGGAUUAAUAGAGUUGGAAUUUUACUUUUAAGAAAAUUCACAGGCUCACUUCCAUUUAAUCCAUUAUCCUUUAUAUUUUAUUGAAAUGUAUAAUUAACUUAACUGAAGAAGAGUCUUCUUGGGAGUAUGUUGUCAUAACAUUGAGAGAGAUUUCCCUUCAUGUAAACUAAAUUACUGUUUUUUGUUGAUUUGCAUAUUUCUGUAUGUGUCCUGACAGUGCUUGCAUCCUCUGUGGUGUACUGAGCAAAUAAACUUUCCAUUUUAAACAAAAACAUU